CAAACACAGCUCUCCGGCGCGAAUGGAUACGGGUUCCUGCGCCUUGGGUCCGCAUGCUGUCGGCACGCUGGAUGCUCGGCAUCUUACGACUCGCCUUGGUAGCUUCGCCUCGGCCACCAUUUACUUCCCAGAGGGCGGCCGGGCGCAGCUGCCUUCCGUCGUCAUCGUUGGCGGGUGGGGAUGUGGUGAGCAUGCGAUGGCAGCGUGGGCGCCAUUCUUUGCCUCGCAUGGCAUUGUGGCGAUGACCAUCGGCACUCCCACACCAUGGAGGGAUUCACCGCCCGUGCGCUGCGGGGCGCUGCUCGAUGCGAGCAAGGCGUUGCAGUCGGAGAACACCCGCGCUGGUUCGCCGUUGCACGAUCGCCUCGAUGUGUCCGCUCGCGCGGUCAUGGGCUAUUCCCUGGGCGGCGGCGGCGCGCAGCUCGCGGCACUGCGAGACCCAACACUCAAGUGCAGCAUCGCAGUCUGCCCGCACGACGGCAGAGAAUUCGGCGUGCCGUUCCCAGCUGAGCUGUCGGCGUCUGUGCCGGUCCUCUUCCUCUGCGGAGCGCAUGACAAGGAGGCCAACUCUCAGACUCACGCGUGGGUCCAGUAUCGCAAGACGAGCGCGCCCAAGCUGAUCUUCGAGAUCUCUGGCGGGGAUCACUUUUCUGCCAACGGUCCCGCGGGCGGCACCGAGAAGGAGUUUGAGAAGGGCUUUGAACCCUGCGCCCUGUGCAACUGCUGUUGCGCGAUGUGCUGCUGUGGGUUUGCGCCGUGCCCAUAUGGAAGCCUGAACGGGCCAAGUGGCCACGCCACAAACGAUGCACCGCGCGGGGCCAUCGGCGGGGUGGCUCUUGCGUGGCUCCAGCUCUUCCUGUUGGGUGACGAGAGUGCGCGGUCGCGACUGGCUGCCCGCCCCGAUAUUGCCAGCGGCUUUGAGAGCCAAAAGAUGGACCGAUCUUGA